AUGUCGCGCAACCAGGUCAUAUCCAAGCGCGCUAUCGAGGGGAUGAUCGCAGAGGGGCGCAGUCUAGUCAUUUACGAGGGACAGGUGCUGCAGCUGGAUACGUGGAUGGACAGACAUCCAGGAGGUCGGCUAGCGCUUCAGCACAUGGUCGGGAAUGAUGCGACGAGCGAGAUCAAAGCAUAUCACCGCGAGAACGUCCUCCGUACCAUGCCCGCCUACCGCAUAGGCUACGCACCCGCAGACUGGACCAACUUUGCCCCACCCAUCAGAGGCGGUGUCUACCGCAAGCUGAGCGCAAAGGAGGCCAAGGAGGAGGUAUGGGUGGAGGAUAUCGUUGGGGAUCUCCCAUCGGAUCGGGACCUCGGCGUCGCAGCUGCCAUGCAGACGGAAGUCGACCGGUGUCUCGCCGCCUACCCAUCCCCAGAUCCCGUUACCCAAUCAGCCAUCACAGAAAAGUACAAUGCCCUCCACCAAAAAGUCCACGACGGCGGCUUCUACACCUGCAACUACCUCGAUUAUGGACGGGAAUCCAUCCGGUACACUAUCCUCUUCAUCACCUUCCUCACCCUCCUCCACCGCGGUUACUACAUCCCCUCGGCCAUCGCCCUCGGUGCGUUCUGGCAACAAAUCAUGUUCACCGCACAUGACGCGGGCCACCGGGCAAUCACCCAAAACAUGACCUACGACACCAUGAUCGGUAUCUUCAUCGCCGACUUUUGCUGCGGCCUCAGCUUUGGGUGGUGGAAAUCCAGCCACAAUGUCCACCACCUCGUCACCAACUCCCCGGAGCACGAUCCGGAUAUCCAAAACACUCCCCUCUUCGCUACCUGCCCCUCCCAGCUCAACAACGUCCACUCUACCUACUACAACUUUGACUUUGUCUGGGACAAGGCGUGCGAGCUCCUCAUCCCCUACCAGCGGUACGCCUACUAUCCCAUCAUGGCGUUCGCACGGUUCAACCUGUACGCGCUGGGGUGGAUGCACCUCAUCUCCCCUCGGUCCAAGACGUCCGGUGCGGCCGCCUGGACUCGCCCGGCCGAGAUCUGCGGAAUGAUUACCUACUGGUUCCUCUUUGGCUACUGCCUCGUCUGGCGCACCCUUCCGGACUGGCCCACCCGCGUGGCCUUCGUCCUCUCCUCCCACCUCAUCACCAUGCUCCUCCACGUCCAAAUCACCCUCUCCCACUGGGGCAUGCCCACCUGCGACCUCGGCAACAACGAGUCGUUCGCCCAGAAGCAACUCCGGACCACCAUGGACGUCGUCUGCCCCAUCUGGCUCGACUGGCUCCACGGCGGUCUCCAAUUCCAGGCAAUCCACCACCUCUUCCCCCGCGUUCCCCGUCACAACCUCCGCAAGAUUCAGCCCCUGGUUGAGGAGUUUUGCAAGGACACGGGGAUUCAGUACACCAUCUACGGGUUUGUCAAGGGGAACGGGACGGUCAUUUCGAGGUUGGAUGAGAUCAGCGCGCAGUUGGCGAUGCUGGUCAAGUGCCAGGAUCACAUGGCCAAGACGGGCGAGUCGGGAUUGAUCUAA